GAGACGGUUCGAACUAAACGAUCUGAAACAAGACGAGCUAGACAAAUCAAACUCGGAAAUAUUGAAAUAAGUGUUUAAGAUAGUGAGUCUUAAGUUUAUCUGAGUAAAAGUGUCAUCAAAGUUGUGUGCGAAAAUUUUGUGUUUUAAUUGAAAAAAAAUUAUCUAAUGCCACGCAAAAAGCGCGCUUCCAGCCCACUGGAAUUGUACGAUGAAGAUUUCGAUGAGGAUGCCAGCUCACAUAGUUCCCAGCCGCCGGUGCAACGGAAUGCGGCCAAUGCCAGGGAGCGUAUGCGCAUGCGAGUGUUGUCGAGUGCGUAUGGCCGCUUGAAGACCAAAUUGCCUAACAUUCCGCCGGACACAAAGCUCUCGAAAUUGGACACAUUGCGUUUGGCCACACUCUACAUUAAGCAGCUAAUUAAUGCUGUCGAGACGGGCAGUGGCAGUCCGAAUGCCAAUCCAAAUGCUGCCGCUGCCUCCUUAGCCGAUGUGCUGGAUACGCGAAAUCUAGCGACAGAUUGCGCCAGCUCAGCCGGCGGCACGGCGACCAAUUUCAAUUUUCACAAUGCAGGACAACUCGGCAUGAGCUGGCCGUUCGAGUUCCAUCAACACUUGCAACAUGGCCACAAUCGAAAUGGUAAUUCCAACCCGACAUUCAGCUCCACGCGCAUGGAUUGGCAGAGUUCACAGAUGCAAUCGUAUUCAAAGACACCACGCAAUGAGCCUCAGAUGGCAGCUGAUUCUAACUAUGGUCAGCUUCACGAUGGACAUUGGUAUCCCACGGAAAUGGGUAGUUUGCAAUUGGACCAGGCGCGCGGUAUCAAUGGCUGCUGUGCCUAUGAAUCUUCUGGUUUGGGACAACAUCAACGUGGCAUUACAAUAUCCAGCAGUCAGGCGAAUAGCCUUUAGACUGACAUAGGAGGCAUUUACAUUGAUAUUUGUUCUAACCGAAAAUCGUAUUAAAACCCGUGAUUUUAUUCUAUUCUCUGUAUGUAUGUAUGUUAUGUAAUUCACUAAGCCAAAGAUUAGAAUUAUGUUCUAAGUUGUACAAAUGUAGCUAAUAAAAUUUAAACAAAAGUAACAGAAAACUUAAUUUACAUUC